CGCACCAACAUGGCUGCAGCCUUCCUGUAGCGCCGCUGCAGCGAGUGGGCCGUUGCUGGGCAUGCUCACUGCGUGCCCCGCACAGACAUGGCGGCCGUCUCCACUGGGGUGACUUUAAUUCUUGGUUUUUGGUUAUAGCCGGCUGGUGCUCAUUUCUCUUUUAGAAAGCUCUGAGCGCGGGGAAAAGAAGGGUGGGUGCUGGAGUGAAAGGUGAGGGGCCUGCAGGCGUCAGGACGCGCACCUGGAGGCAGGAAGAUGGCUGAGGGCGAGCGGCAGUCGCCGCCAGAUUCUUCGGAGGAUACCCCUCCAGCCACCCAGAACUUUAUCAUUCCAAAAAAAGAGAUCCACACGGUCCCAGACAUGGGCAAAUGGAAGCGCUCUCAGGCAUAUGCCGACUACAUCGGAUUCAUCCUCACCCUCAACGAAGGCGUGAAGGGGAAGAAGCUGACCCUGGAGUACAAAGUCUCUGAGGCCAUUGAGAAACUGGUUGCUCUUCUGAACACGCUGGACAGGUGGAUUGACGAGACUCCUCCAGUGGACCAGCCGUCUCGCUUUGGGAACAAGGCCUACCGGACCUGGUAUGCCAGACUCGACGAGGAAGCAGAAAACUUGGUGGGUACAGUGGUCCCCACCCAUCUGGCAGCUGCUGUGCCUGAGGUGGCUGUUUACCUGAAGGAGUCAGUGGGGAACUCCACGCGCAUCGACUAUGGCACAGGACACGAAGCUGCCUUCGCUGCCUUCCUCUGCUGUCUCUGCAAGAUCGGGGUGCUCCGGGUGGAUGACCAGAUAGCUAUCGUCUUUAAGGUGUUCAAUCGGUACCUUGAGGUGAUGCGGAAACUUCAGAAAACGUACAGGAUGGAGCCCGCAGGCAGCCAGGGAGUGUGGGGCCUAGACGACUUCCAGUUUCUGCCCUUCAUCUGGGGCAGCUCGCAGCUGAUAGAUCACCCAUAUCUGGAGCCCAGGCACUUCGUGGACGAGAAGGCCGUGAAUGAGAACCACAAGGACUACAUGUUUCUGGAGUGCAUCCUGUUCAUCACCGAGAUGAAGACGGGCCCCUUUGCAGAGCACUCCAACCAGCUGUGGAACAUCAGUGCGGUCCCCACCUGGUCCAAAGUGAACCAGGGUCUCAUCCGCAUGUACAAGGCCGAGUGCCUGGAGAAGUUCCCCGUGAUCCAGCACUUCAAGUUUGGAAGCCUGCUGCCCAUCCAGCCCGUCUCCUUGUGCUAGGAGGGGCUGAGCGGCCAGUGCCAUCCAGGCCGCAGUUCCCGUGCCUGCCCUUCCUGACCCCAGCUGUGGCCCCUCCCGCCCCCUCCCUGUGUUCUUUCUGUUUGAUGAGAGGCUGUUUACUGGGGUGGGUGGUGAAUGCGGGGUCAGGAAAGGCUCAAGGCAUAUGGCUGAAGGAUCCAAGUUGGGAGAAGUGACCAAAGUGUGGCCAGUUUGCUGACUUCUGCCAUGGUGGACGGUCAAGAAGAGAGGGGCUGGGACAGGGUCCCCGGGCCCUACCCCGCUUCUGGCCUUCGGCUCGACCCUCUGGCCAGUCCGGUCCUGGGACCCAGGCUGCUGUGCACCACUGUGGGGAGGGGAGGUGUUUGGCCCGUUCUGUUGCUUUCUUGGGGUUGGCUCAGUUGACGGGUGGGUCAGUUUCCCAAGCCAUGUUGGGGUGGGUGUCUGGGGGCUGAAGGCUGAGGCCAGCGGCCAGCCUGGGGCGGGGCAGGCGGGGAGAGGUGCUGGCUGUCUGGUGACCUCCCAGUUCCUCAUCACAGCUGCCCCUGGGCCUCAGGGCGCCUGUGUUCAGUGCCUCUUCCUGGCUUCUCUGUUCUCUGGGCCUUGGCUCCUUGGGUCUUCUGCCAUGGCCACACCUGUUCCCGCCCCAGAAGAGCCUCUGCAAGCUGCCCUUCGGUGGGUGUGGUACCUGAGAGGGCCCCUCGGGGCUUGCUCCAGACUCAUGGGGCAAGGUUUGCCCUUCCAAAGCUGUCUCUGGCCGGGAGCGGGUGGCAGAGACUGGAAGGGGCUUGGGGCCUGUCGUGGUUGGGGACAGCCUGGGUUCCUCCUGGUAUACCCUUGUGGCCACCUCUGUCUCCUCACUGCUGCUUUCCCAAGGUUCUUAGCGGGCGGGCCCAGAAAGCCCACCCCCUGGUCCUCCUACCUCCCUGAACUUGCCUGUUGGCAUCCAGGGUGGGGUGGUGGUGGCCGCCCAGGCUUGGGCUUUGGCUCUGAGGAUGGGCAGGACCACCCAGGGCUGAGGGGCUCCUGGUAGCAGCAUGUUGAUUUCCUUUCCAGAGUUUUCCUCUAGGGCUGCUCCUGGCCUGCCUCCCGCAGAUGCUCCCCGCCCAAGCCCAGGCCCGCCCUUCUCCACUAGCCCCUGCUCAUGUCUGGGGCCGCAUCCCCUCUGGGAGAGGUGAGCCACAAGGAGCGCACCUUUCUCGGGUGCACUGGAGCCCCAAGAAGCACAAUUCAGGGGCUUAACCCUUGGAUCUGGACUGGCGGCCUGGGCAGAGGCCGGGACAGGAGGCACAGGGUCACAGUUUUCGAGCAGAGGCAGAGGCUCCGUGGGGGCCUGCCUCUCUCCCAGGGUCCCGACCACCACCUUCCCGGCUCCUCCUUCCCCGCACCCCCUUCCCGUGCCCUUGCAGGCCCCACUCAGCCCCUUUGCGCCUUCAUUCUGUUUGGAUUAAAGCCUCUGUUUUGCACCUGU